AUCAGGAAAGAAACUGAAAAAACUUACUAUUGCAUGUUGCUAUGGUAUGGUAUGCGAUGGCUUGGAUAAAGCAAUUCAAAAGCUCCCAAUGUUAGAAGAGCUGAGCCUGACACACACUGAUAUCACCAGUGAGGGAAUUGAAGCUCUUGGACGCUGUUGCCCACGGUUGAAGUCGUUUGAAUUGAAUAACUCAUGUUAUAUGGGAUCAGAUAUAAACUUAGUUAAUGAUUCUGAUGAAGAUGAAUCAGAUGAAGGAGAUGUAAGAAAUAAUGAUGCUCUGGCUAUUGCUAAGAACCUGCCUACGUUGCAACACCUUCAGCUCAUAGGGAACAAUAUGACAAAUGAAGGCCUUCAAGCUAUUCUUGAUAGUUGUCCUAAUCUGUUAUCACUCGACCUGCGGCGGUGCUUUAAUGUUAGCCUCAAUGAAGUCUUGAGUAGUAGAAUUUCUCAACAGAUUAAAGAUGUGAAGUACCCACAUGACUCUCUGGCAGGUUUUAAAUUUUCGUUUGAAUCUUGGGGGGCUGCAGGUGAUGGAUAUAACAUGUCUUCUGAUGAUUACAUGUAUGAUGAUUAUUACUAUGGUUUUUGA